CAAUCAUUUAGAUUAUAUAUCCGGUGGGAGUUUGUUACCCAGAUAGAUGCUAGUUUUUCUCCUCUUCACAGAAAAUAGCGACUUCGAAGAUGAUGAGAGCAGUGAUCUAUUUGCUCCCCUUGACUUUCAUCUUCUUCACCAUAGCUGAUGGUAAGCGCAUCCUUCCACUGCUUCAGCCUCAGCCUCUUGAAUCCUUCAAGGUCAAUGCAACCCAGAAUGUGGGGAGCUGCACUUACACAGUAUCAAUAAGGACAAGCUGUUCUUCAACUACCUACACAAGAGAUCAGAUCAGUCUUGCAUUUGGCGAUGCUUAUGGGAAUCAGGUGUAUGCACCAAGGCUGGAUGAUCCAUACUCGAGAACAUUUGAAAGCUGUUCAACUGAUACAUUUCAAAUAAAGGGUCCUUGCACAUACCAGAUUUGCUAUCUUUACCUCUACAGGAGUGGAUAUGAUGGUUGGAAGCCAGAGAGCGUGACUGUGUACGGAUAUUAUACCAAAGCUGCCACAUUUAAUUACAAUGUCUUUAUUCCUAAUGGGGUUUGGUAUGGCUUUGAUUUCUGUUAUAGAAGGGGUUCCGCAUCUGCAUGAACAAUGUAGCAAAUUGUGGGGGGGUUCAGUUUGUGAAUCUUUAUUCAGGGAUUUGGAGAAAUAAGCUUCUUGUUUUAACAUUUUGGGUAAUAAUGAGUAAUGACUUGUUUUGUCUGAGAAAAAAAGGCCGUGAAAAGAUGCAGCGGUGAUUGGCAUUUAUGUGGUGAGUGCUGAAUGACAUUAUUGCUUCAAGUGCUUACAGCCUGUGGUGGGGGCAAAAUCCCUCUUUUCAGACUAAAAUGGUGAUAAAAUUGAGAGUGGCAAAUACAAUAGAA